UAGUGCAUGAGCUUUCAAGAUCGACACUUUUAAUUUGGCACAACUCCCUUGGAAUUCAUCAAAGUCUCAGGUGCCGAUAGCUGGUUCCUUUGUACUGCUGAGUAGCAUUUCAAGCCAUGGGUGAACAGUUUGCUCCACUGUUCACCCACUACAGGACAUGAGUCACAUGCAGGUUGUUGCUAUCGAGAGUAAAGCUCGGAUGAGCAGGUUUUCAUGUGAGCAUGGGUUUUUGAAUUUCUGAAAGAAAUGCCCCACGGUGCAAUCCCUGGGUCGUGAGGUAAGGGCGUUGGUAGGUUCUGCAAGAAGCUACCGUAUUCUUGUCCAGAGGAGCGAUGUCGUUUCCAUUUCCAUCAGCAAGGGGUGUGACUCAGACCAGAGGCAGAGAUGGGGCGAAAGCUGGACCUUUCCCAGCUCACCGAUGAGGAGGCGGCGCACAUCUGGGCGGUGGUGCAGCGGGACUUGGACCUGCGGAGGAGAGAAGAAGAGAGACUAGAGGAGUUGAAGGGCAGGAUCAAGAAGGAAAGCUCCAAGAGGGAGCUGCUGGCGGACACGGCCCAUCUGAAGGACACCCACUGCGCCCGCUGCCUGCAGCCUUACCGGCUCCUGGCCAGCAGAAGGCAGUGCCUGGACUGUGGCCUUUUCACCUGCAAAAGCUGCAGCCACAUCCACCCGGAGGAGCAGGGCUGGCUCUGCGACCCUUGCCACCUGGCCAGAGUCCUGAAGGUGGGCUCGCUGGAGUGGUACCACGCACACGUGAGAGCCCGCUUCAAGCGGUUCGGGAGUGCCAAAGUGAUCCGGUCCCUCUACGGGCGGCUGCAGGGAGGAGGUGAGCCUGAGCCCAGCGCGGGAGAGAGGAGUGGAGACAGCGAGCAGACAGAUGAGGAUGGAGAACCCGGCCCAGGGGCCCAGGCCCAGCCCCUUGGCAACAGAAAAAAGCGCCUCCUCUCCUUCCGUGACGUGGACUUUGAGGAAGACUUGGACCCUGCCUCCCAGGACUCGGACCUGGAUCCUGCCUCCCAGGCCUGCUGUCAGCCCCCGAGCCCGCCCUCGGUCCCUGUGGCCACAGCAGCCCUGCAGUUCCUCUCAGGAGAGCCCUGCUCCGAGGGUGCCACUUCCCAGGAGGAUGCCAUCCUGGAAGAGGCUCAUGCUAGGACCUCCAGGUGCCACCCCCCUGCAGAAGAGCAUCCAGACAGCCCCCCACCUACUGGACAGGAUGCCCUUGCUGAACCGUGCCUGCCUGGGGACUCCUGCAAGAUGGCCCUGGGGCCUGCUGCUGUGCCCGGGAUGAGGCCCAGCCGGAACGAGCAGCCGCCCUCGCUGUACCUGGCCAGCGUGGACAGUUCUGACGAGAACAGCAUCUGGGCCACCGCGGCAGCCGCCCAGCACAGCAGACGGACAGGGCAGACGGCAGCUCAGGGCCAGGGUCCGGCUGCCGGAGCAGGCGCAGACGCCGACAGAGAGGAGGAGGCCCUGAGGAGGAAGCUGGAGGACCUGACCAGAAACAUCAGUGACCAGGGCACCUCAUCCGAGGAGGAGCAGGUCAGGGAAGAAGAGACCCAGCCUGAUGUGGCCCCCCCCAGCAGGGCCCUCCCCAGGCCGGGCCCAGAGGUGUGCACAGCCACCGAUGCCCAGGAAAAGGGCCCCGGGGGCCCCGUGCAGCCCGGCUGGACGACCGAUGAGGAGCUGUUGGAGCUGGAGGACAGAGUGGCCGUGGCAGCUGCCCAAGUUCAGCACACGGAGAGCGAGGUGUCAGACAUCGAGGCCAGGAUCGCAGCCCUGAGGGCCGCGGGGCUCACGGUGAAACCCUCGGGAAAGCCCCGGAGGAGGUCGAACCUGCCGAUACUUCUUCCUCGAGUUGCUGGGAAACUUGGCAGGAGUCCAGAGGACCCAAGUGCAGACCCUGGGAACCAGGGCAAGGUGACAGGGGUGUCCUGCCUUCCCAAGAGGGCCUCUUCCCUCAGAUCUCCAGGCAAGGACGAUGAGUCUUUUGAUCGGAAAUCCACGUACCGCGGCUCUCUGACCCAGAGAAACCCCAACGGGAGGAAAGGCACGGCCAACCACCUCUUCGCGAAACCCGUGAUGGCCCAUCAGCCCUGACAGGAAGGGCCCUGGGCCCAGGACAGAGCAGCAAGGCAAGGCCCCUGGGCCUCCACACAGCCGCUGUAUCCUCCAUGGGCUCUGGGCUUCCCGCUACUCACAGUCCCACCCGCAGAGAGAAAUGAGAAGAAACACGGGUCAAGGCAGCCUCUGACCCGUGAUUCACAGCAGAGAGGAUGUGACUGUCCUCCAGGACAAGGCCGUCCACCUGGAAGGACACCCGGAAGCCCUUUUCCACGCCACCCUGUCCGUUUCCCUCUUGGCUUAUGGUGCUGCUUUCGUGAACGGAGCAGGGGACAGGCCAUCCGGUGAAGGCCGCAGCCAGACGCGUGUUCCUGAGUGCAUGGAGCAAGGGCAGAGGACACGUGUCUGCAUGGUGCCUGAAAACCAGGCGUCAGGACGAGUGACCGAAUGCCACCCACUGAAUGUCGAGGUGUCCCCCACCCACAGGCCCGUCUGCAGGUCCCUGUGGUCCACAGACAGAAGCCGUUAGGCUGCUCGCCACAGGACGCUGUCCUGAAGUUGCUGCCCUCAGGCAUCACCCCGGGCUUUGGGGGGACUUCCCUUUCUAGACAACUCACCCUUCAAACCCAGCUUCCACUCCCAACGUGAGCCUUGUCACUUUCCUCAAGAACUCAGAUUUCUGCAACAUCUGCGUCAGAGACGGCCUGUGCUAACAGUGUCCCUCGCGCCUGGCCCUUCCACCACUACACCUGGCCAGGGUCAGGUGCCCAGUUUCUUCUUCCCCAUCAGAUGGUAGAGCACCCUUCUAGGGGCCCAGAAGAACCCCACGUUUAGGACACACAUGAGCCAAAGCCAGGAACACCGGUUUCCCCCAGGAACAAGGGUGCUCGGUCCACUCAGAAACAUGCUCACGGAGCCCACGUCCACUUGCCGUGGCCACCACCACAGAGCACGUCCUGCUGGGCAGAGUAUACUCAGUUGUUCUCUAGGUUCCCAGCAUGAUCCAUUCCGGCUCCUUCCGACUUCUGGGGGUCCCAGCCGGGCCGCAGCCCUCAGCCUCACCUCCACCCUCACACCCCCUUUUCCUGUGUCUGUCUGUCCACCCCCUUCUUAGAAGGCCACCAGUCCUGGGGUGCAGGGCCCACCUUAAUCCAGGAUGCCUUCCUUAACGAGUCACAUUUGCAAGACCCUAUUUCCACAUAAGGUCAUAUCCUGAGGUCCCACGUGAACACCAACUGGAGGGGGUGACCUCUGCAGGGCACCAUUAUUGCCACCAUGUACCACAAGGAGGAUGAGAGCUCAAAGAUCUCAAGGCGGAGCACCGCGCUGGGAGGAGAACCUCAAGAACGGGCCGGGGCCCCUCCCGGAGCCCCUCCCACCUGGGGCUCUGCAUGGCAAGGAGCCCAGGUGACAUAGAGGGUGGAGGCACAGAGCUUCCUCCGGCCUCGGGAAGCUCAGGGGCCUGGCCAUGCCCUCACAUGCCUCCACCCUCGCUGUGCCCUCUCUUUCCCUCUUGACGGCAGCCACCCCUCAGACUUGCAGCAGGGCCCCCCGCUCCUCCGUCCCAGCUCUCUGCGAGUGCCCCAGCCCUGCAGCCACAGCCCCCUGUUCCCGACACCCCAGAAAAUGCACAGGGCGGGGCUGGGGAUGUGGCUCAAGUGGUAGCGCACUCGCCUGGCAUGCGUGCAGCCCGGGUUCGAUCCUCAGCACCUCAUACAAAGAUGUUGUGUCCG